UUUUUUUUUUUUUUUCAGGAAUCACUUUUGAUAUUUUUUGUCUUAUUUAGCGAUACAUUUUGGUUAACUAUCACAAUCUUAGUGUUGCUAAGAGAACAUUUCACCCCGUUGGAUAUUUUCAUCGUAGCAGAACGAAUCGCUUGGAUGUGCGCCUGAGACAUUGAGACACAGACAUUCAUAAACACAGACCCAACUGAAGAGAGCUGACCAGAAGAGACCACCACUUAUUACCACCCAAAAGACUAAAGCACUCCACGGUACUCAGGAAUACACCAGGACAGAAUGGGAUAUGCGAACAGAAGCAUAAGAGGAUACACUUUUCUGCUUUGGGUUGCCGCCGUAUUGUUGUUAGUGGAAAGCAAAAAAGGCAGACAGCACAAAUGCCCCCCUGGAUGCACGUGUACCAAAGAUAACGCCUUGUGUGAAAAUGUGCGAUCUGUGCCACACAGCUAUCCUCCUGAUGUCGUCUCACUAUCAUUUGUGAAGUCUGGAUUCAGUGAGAUUGCAGGAGGAAGCUUUCUCCACACACCAUCCCUACAGCUUCUAUUGUUUACAGCCAAUUCUUUUGACUUUAUCGAUGAAGAUGCUUUCCAAGGUCUGCCACAUCUGGAGUAUCUGUUUAUUGAAAACAACAAAAUCGAGUCGAUUUCACCCCAUUCAUUUAGAGGUUUAAAAUCUCUCAUACACCUGAGUCUUGCCUACAAUAAUCUUGAGACAUUGCCCAAAGAUAUUUUCAAAGGAAUGGAUGCUUUAACAAAAGUGGAUCUCAGAGGAAAUAUGUUCAGCUGUGACUGUAAGCUGAAGUGGCUGGUGGAGUGGAUGUAUAGCACCAAUGCAACAGUGGACCAGCUACACUGCAGUGGGCCUCCACCCUAUCAAGGGAAGAAGAUAAACGACCUAGUGCCUCAGUCUUUUGACUGCAUUACAGCAGAGUUUGCUUUAAAGACGACCCUUACAUUUGAGUCAAUAUCUGUGGAGGCCUUUACAUUUGGGAAUGAUCAGUAUGUUGUAUAUGCCCAGCCCUUCUCUGGAAAAUGCAGCUUCAUGGAAUGGGACCAUGUCAACAUGGAGUUCAGAGCCUAUGACACCAUAGAGAGCACUUCCACUGUAGUGUGCAAGCCAAUGGUCAUCGAUAACCACCUUUUCAUCAUUGUUGCUCAACUUUUUGGUGGCUCUCACAUUUAUAAAUUGGACAGCUCUGCGAACAAAUUUAUCAAAAUCCAGGAUAUUGACAUUCUGAAAAUCAGAAAGCCUAAUGACAUAGAGACUUUCAUGGUUGAUGGUGAGUUUUUCUUCGUGAUAGCAGACAGCUCGAAGGCUGGCUCAACCACCGUGUACAAAUGGAACGGCAAUGGAUUCUACUCGCACCAGUCCCUCCAUCCAUGGUAUCGGGACACUGACAUAGAGUACUUGGAUAUCACCGGCAAACCCCAUCUUAUUUUGUCUAGCAGCUCCCAGAGGCCUGUCAUAUACCAGUGGAGCAAGAGCCACAAGCAGUUUGACCGCCGGACGGACAUUCCAGAAAUGGAAGACGUCUAUGCCGUCAAACACUUCAAGGUGAAGGGGGAGCUGUUUAUCUGUCUGACACGCUUCAUUGGCGACUCCAAGGUGAUGAAGUGGGAUGGCUCAAUGUUCACGGAGAUACAGACAAUGCCCUCGCGGGGUUCCAUGGUGUUUCAGCCCGUCUCCAUUGGCAACUGGCAGUACGCCAUCCUAGGCAGCGACUACUCGCUAACCCAGGUCUAUCAGUGGGACACCAAGAAGAGCCAGUUUGUGCACUUCCAGGCGCUCAAUGUCCAGGCGCCGAGGGCAUUUUCGCUAGUGUCCAUUGAUAACAGAGAGUUCUUGUUGUCUUCUAGCUUUAAAGGGAAGACACAGAUUUAUGAGCACUUGAUGAUUGACCUGAGCAGUUAGGAUGUGAAUUUAAAACACAGAGAACCAGAAAUGUACACACACAUACACAAGCCUGUUGUGAAACUACAAGCAUGAUUUAGCCUAGCGCGUAAAAUAAUAGUAAUUCCACAUGAAUGCCUCUCUAGAAACACCCUUUGUGUCUUUUUCUGUUAUCACCAUCUGUUCUGCACUUUUCAUUUUUCUUCUUUUAGCUCAAUAGCUAAACAAAAGCUAUUGAUAAUGUAUUCUCUGCUGUUAUGUGCUUACUGAAUUGUCACUAAAGAGGUAAUACGGAAACAACAAAGGUUAAAAAAGUAAACUGUUGUCGCAAUAACUAACUGCCAUAAAAACUGUUUACACUUUUACAGUAAUGUAUAAAGCUAUUUUUACUUUUUCUUUUUUUAAACAAAUGGGAUCACUUAAAUGACAUUACUCACAUUGUUUGUGAUAGAUUUUACAUGUGUUUUUAACCAUAAUUGUAUUGAAUAAUGCAAUAAGCUUAGAUUUAGCCCAGAACAUUUUGAGGAAAAGUAACUGUGGGAAGGAAGGUUAGUUGUUUCCUAGUACUUGUUUGUUUCUUUGUUAGAUCUAAUAAAA